AUGUUGGAAGCAACUCAAACACUUAGGAUAUUUAAGGAGCACCAGAAUUUAGAACACAAGGAUCUCCCAAAUGCUAAGGAGGCCCAAAAGACACCAGAAUGUCAGAACUCACAACACCUAGAGCACCUUGAAGCUCCAGCAGCCCCGGGUUCUCUGGAGCCACAAGUCUCCUAGAAGCAUCUGGAUCUUUCAAAGGUCCAGGAGUUCUUAGUAUGCUUGUCACUCCAGAAGUCUUUGAAGACUUUAAUAGUUGUCAAGACAUCAGCAGCUUCAUAUUACAUGAGAUUUAGCAUGCACCUAUAUCCCACUUAAUUAUCUCUGGAGAGCUUUGUUGGCAGUUGCUCCUCAGGUGAUGCAGGAAGAAAGAUACUGGAUAUCUGAAACUUCCUGAUGGAGCAAUUUGAAAGUUUCUUACAAGUGCUCCAGUAUACUCUUGACAAUCCAGAAAACACACAAUAUGCCAAUCACCAUAUUCAUCAGUUGUGCCAAAAGGAGGGCCUUGUCCACCAGUGUGCAACCCAUUUCUACUUCAUCGCUCAAGAGCUUAACUGA